CCACAGAUCUAAUAAUUUCUCAAUAAAAUAAAUAAAUAAAUAAAAAAGUUACAAAUCCCAAAUUCAAUUCAAUCCAAUCAUUUUCCCAUACUUUGACGGAAAAUUCUCUACACCUUUUCUCACCAUCCAAACACAAUUUCCCUCUUUCUCAUAACCCUAAUCCUUCCUCCUGAGCUCUUCUAUUCCGACGAAAUUUCCGAUGUCAACCUCCGGUACGCCCCAGUUCAGAUACACCCAAACCCCGUCCAAAGUCCUCCAUCUCCGAAAUCUUCCAUGGGAGUGUACCGAAGAGGAACUCAUCGAGCUCUGCAAGCCUUUUGGUAAGAUUGUUAAUACCAAGUGCAAUGUCGGCGCCAAUCGCAACCAGGCUUUCGUUGAAUUUUCAGACUUAAAUCAGGCCAUUUCCAUGGUUUCUUAUUAUGCUUCAUCUUCGGAGCCUGCACAAGUUCGAGGUAAAACUGUAUAUAUCCAGUACUCUAAUAGGCAUGAAAUUGUCAACAACAAGAGUCCUGGAGAUGUUCCCGGAAAUGUUCUGUUGGUAACCAUUGAAGGUGUAGAAGCCGGCGAUGUGAGCAUUGAUGUUAUUCACUUGGUGUUCUCUGCUUUUGGAUUUGUGCACAAGAUUGCCACUUUUGAAAAGGCUGCAGGUUUUCAGGCAUUGAUUCAGUUCAGUGAUGCGGAGACUGCAUCUUCCGCAAGGAAUGCGUUGGAUGGAAGGAGCAUACCGAGGUAUCUCCUUCCUGAGCAUGUUGGUUCAUGCCACUUACGCAUUUCAUAUUCCGCCCACACUGAUCUAAAUAUAAAAUUUCAGUCUCAUCGUAGCAGGGAUUAUACGAAUCCGUACCUUCCUGUGAAUCCUACUGCUAUUGAGGGUAUUUCUCAGCCUGCUGUUGGUCCUGACGGAAAAAAGAAAGAGCCAGAGAGUAAUGUGCUUCUUGCUUCAAUAGAGAACAUGCAGUAUGCUGUUACUGUUGAUGUUAUUAACACAGUGUUUUCUGCAUUUGGUACAGUCCAGAAAAUUGCAAUAUUCGAAAAGAAUGGUCAAACACAGGCAUUGGUCCAGUACCCUGAUAUCAGUACCGCAGCAGUUGCCAGAGAAGCUUUAGAAGGACAUUGCAUUUAUGAUGGUGGCUAUUGUAAGCUUCAUCUAUCAUACUCUCGUCAUACUGAUCUCAAUGUAAAGGCUUACAGUGACAAGAGUAGAGAUUAUACUAUUCCGGAAGCUAGUCUACUUGCCGCACAACAAGCUCCUGGUGCCCCUGCCGCACCACCCCAGUGGCAGAAUCCUCAGUACCCUGGUAACGAAUAUGGUAGUGCUGUACAAGGUCACAUGCCUCCGGGUCAAGGACCAUGGGAUCCAUCUAUGCAGGCUGGAAGAUCAACUUAUGUCUCUGCUCCUGGAACUUUUCCUGGCCAAAAUUUUGCAACAUCCUCGGUUCCCUCUUAUGCAGCAGCAGGAGUGCCUUCCGGUUCAUCUCCUCAUGCCUCUACAAGACCGUCUAUGCCUGGAGCUCCACCGAACAUGCGACAUGAUGGUGCCUCACCUCCUGGGGUGAGACCCGGAGGUGUUUCACCUUCUGGUCAACCUACUUACUAUGGCCAAUAGGUUGUAUCUUCUUUUCUUUCAACUAAAAUGCAUAGUACCAUAGCUUCUAUCCCAUUUCCUUCCUUUUUGGUUUCCUUGCUAUUUUUGCGACCGAGAACGUGUCUUGGAAAGAAUCCACACCACAGAUUAAAUUGCAGUGUCUGAUCAAACUCAAAUAUCUUUCCUGCUCAGCCUGGAAACUGUGAUUCUUGCUAUUAAAAUUUCAACAUGACAUGAUUAUCAUCCUAAAGUAUUCUGUACAUACUGAAAAGAGAAAAAAAGAAAACCUUUUUUUCUAUUUCAUUUUUAAGCUCCAACAUGAGAAUAUAUAGAAUUGUCUUCUAUGUAUAAGAUAGAUACCAUAAUCAUAAUCAACUAUUUUUUUCUAAUGGGAUUACUAUUGGAAUGGAAA